AAAAACAAAAAAUAGAAUAGAAUAGAAUAGAAUCAUACAAAAUUAAACCUAGCUAUAUAUCUACCUCAUCUUCUGACAUUUGAAUCUUUAUUUUCACUUCACCAUCAUAUACUAUACUAUUCUAUUCUAUUCCUAUAUAUAUAUAUAUAAGGCCUUGGAGUUUGUAUAUAAAACAGAAGCUAUAGCAGAGAAAGCAUGAUACAAGAAGAUCAAGGACAGUGUUCUUCUCAAACAAUCAAUAACUUUGAAACCUAUCAAGAACAGUUUCUCCUUCAACAACAAAUCAUGAGACAACAACAAAACACUUUCUCUUUCCCUUCAUCAGCUGAUCAUCAAGUUUCACCAAUCUUUCAGCAACCAUGGUCUAUGCAACAACUUCAUCAUCAUAAUCAUCAUGUUCAUGACCCUUUUGUUAUUCCUCAACAACAAACUUCAUCAUCACCAUAUGCAAGUUUGUUCAAUAGAUCAACAAGGGUUCCUUCUCUUCAAUUUGCAUAUGAUCAUCAUCAUCAUGGUUCUGAACAUCUUAGAAUCAUAUCAGAUACUCUUCAACAUGGAUCAGGUGUACCUUUUGGUGGUCUUCAUCAAAGUGAACUUGGAAAAAUGAGUGCUCAAGAAAUCAUGGAAGCUAAGGCUCUUGCUGCUUCUAAGAGUCAUAGUGAAGCUGAAAGGAGACGCAGAGAGAGAAUCAAUAAUCAUCUUGCUAAGCUUCGUAGCUUGUUACCAAGCACAACCAAAACAGAUAAAGCAUCAUUACUAGCAGAAGUGAUUCAACAUGUAAAAGAAUUGAAACGUCAAACAUCACUAAUAGCAGAAACAAGUCCAGUUCCAACUGAAUGUGAUGAAUUAACAGUAGAUGCUGCUACAGAUGAUGAUGAAGAAUAUGGAUCAAAUUAUGGAAACAAAUUUAUAAUAAAAGCUUCACUUUGCUGUGAUGAUAGAUCAGAUCUUUUACCUGAACUAAUCAAAACAUUGAAAGCAUUAAGGUUAAGAACACUCAAAGCUGAUAUAACAACACUUGGUGGACGUGUUAAGAAUGUUUUGUUCAUUACUGGUGAAGAAGAAGAUCAUGAAUAUUGCAUUAGUUCAAUACAAGAAGCAUUGAAAGCUGUUAUGGAGAAAAGUGUUGGUGAUGAUUCUGCUUCUGGAAGUGUUAAGAGACAAAGGACUAAUAUAAUAUCAAUAUCUAAUUAAUUACAAUUAAGUAAAUUAGUAAGGUUUAAUUAAGGUCUUUAUAUAUUUUAUUUAAUUAAAGACCUAUUAUUAUUUAUUACUCUUAUAUUAGUAUAUGGUACUUGGUUAUUAUAUAUUUUUGAUUUGGAAUAUUUAUAUUUUUAUCUUUUUUUGGGGGUGGUUUUUUUUUUUCUUUCUUCUUUUUUAAAUUUUUAUGGUGUGUUGUAACAUGUUGUUAUGUAUAUGGUCUCAUUGAACAUGAUGAUGAGACAAUGAGGUAAUGAUAAUUUGGUGGUUUUUCUUUUUACA